GUGGCUUCCUUGCGUGAAGAAGCCAGAGCCCUUAGGCUCGUUCCGUGACGGGUCCAGUGCCGCCAAUCCCGGCGCUCCCAGCUCCGAGUUCAGGGUGCACUUGGCUCAGGGCAUCGGCCGAUUCCUUUCGGGGCGGCUCAGCGGUCAAGCCACGGGGAGUUCAGGUAAGGAUUACAAUCCGCCUAUCGUGACGUCAGCCUUCUCCCGGGUUAAGCAGCUGUGCUUUCUGGGUCAGUCCAGGAAGCCAGUGAGCGGAGCGAAGGGGGUAGCCGUGCUCCUCCUGGACUUGGCGAGAAUUGCUCAAAUGGACGGCGGGUAUCUGGUGGCCGUGGACAGACGGCAGCCUCACCCAGUUUGGAAGGUCAAGACUUGGAUCGGUAUUCUGAAUCAGGAGCUGGUCGAGAGCGUGAUCUUCGCCAGCGGAGGGGAGGCUACAGCUUUUGGGGACGCAGACGAGGCGGCGGAGAUUAUCUUCGCGGUGGCAGGCUCGGGCGGGAGUGAGUACCCCGAGGGCGAGGAGGAACUAGGAGUCCCAGAUCGUUUGGAAGCCCUCCUAGAUCGCAGCGCCCCCGAGGGAAACAAGGACGCCCCGACGAACCCGGGACCCAAGGCCAAAGCUGGAGUGGGCUCGCGAGCGGGCCCUGGCGUGGAGGCGGGGCUUCCAGGCCUGGAUCCUGCGGUGGUGAAGUCAGCCCGGUUAGCCGGGAUCCCAGAGGCGCAACUGGAGAAGAUGAGCAAGCUUGUGGGUGGAGCCCGCAAGCUUCCUGUGGAGCCUCGAGGUGGAGGUCUCGAUCCUCUCGACGACGAGGAGGAAGAGGACGGUGCAGAGGCUCGCCCAGGAAAGGGCGGCGGAAGCGAGUUGGAAACGGUGGUAGUGCAGAUGAGUCGCAUCCUCCAGCACAUGCACAAGGACAAGAAGCCCGGGAACCUAGAGGAUGUCUUGGACCGGGCGGAUGGUGGCUCCGAUCCGAGCGGGGCUUCGUCGAGUGGGGGGCGCAGCAAAGCGGCGGCUUACCAGAAAUUGAAGUCCCUCCUGCGGAGCUCGCCGGCGGAGAUCUCGAAGGCGGUCGAGCGGUGCAUGAGCGAAGACUUCACUCUGUCCCAGAGCGGACCGGGGCUAGGCCAGCGUCCUUGCACUUGCCGUGCGUGGGUGGAACAUCGCAGCUUGCUUCAGAGCUUUCACGGGCCGAUUCGCCAAGCUUGGACCCUGGCUGGUAUGGUGGAUGCCAUCAACGAUGGAGAUGCGGAACUGGCGAAAGCUAUCGGGCUUUUGGGGCUGGCCAGCCUGGAUCAGGCCGCCGUGGACGGCGGGUCGUGGUUGCUCGCUUCCGAAAUCAGCCUAGAAGCGAGUCCCCCUUUCGGGGCCUUCGCGAGACCAAGGACGUUGGAUCAGUUCGAAGCUCGACAGACUCGUCUGCUGGAUGCAUGGGUGAGCAUCCUCAUGGCAUGGGGAGGAUCCGCGAAAGGGACGCAUACCAUGCAGCGAAGCGGUGUUUGGGAGGCGGCGGAGGAGCCGGCCAGCCUGGAGGAGGGGCUCCAAACGGGGGCCGCGACAGCCCGUCGACCGAAGGUCGUUUGGUGCCGCGCAAAGGAGUUCGUUUUUCAUUGCCGAUCCCUGGUGAUUUGGCCGAGCCUCGGCGAACUAGCGAGUCUGAUUGCUCGGUCCCCAAUCCUGUUCAGUGCAAGACGGGACUAUGCCAUGAAGCCGGGGAAGCCGGCGAUGGAGUCUGAAACGAGUGGUUCGAAAGGCGAGUGCUCGUGCAAGCCCCGUCACAGCAUCUGGGCUGUGGUCGGAGUGGUUCGGCGCCUUGAGCUCCAGCGACUGCUCGUUGUCGAGUUUCUUUCAUUCACUCCGCGAGUUACCCCGAAAGGGAACUCGUAUCGUGAUGCCGAUAGGCUCGCCUUGAAUGCACUUGUGUUAGUGCUUGACUGGUUGUUCCUGGGGCACCUGGUGUGUGCCGAGCAGAGCUGUGCUUGGACCUCGGCCAGACCUGCUGAGAUGGGCCGUGCCGCGGCCAAGUUCGAAAGCCUGGAAGACUUGCUGUUAGCCGUGGAGCGAGGACUUGAGCGCUUCGGGUGGCAGGCUGCCAAGGCUUUGACUUCAGUCAGGUUGCGACUGCCUCAACCUUGCAAUGCUAUGGCUGUUGAUUGCGACCGGAUCAAGUUUGUCGGAGAUCCUUCCUUUGACCCUCGCCCAUACUUGGACAACUACUCCCGAAGCAUCUACGAGAAGCCCAUGUCGUUCAGAGAGCCGAUCCCUCCCGAAACUCAGGUUCCUCGCGCACAAGUGCGAACCGUGCCGGGCAAACGCCUGGGCUUGCUUCGAGCUCUCCGACGAGGCUAG